CAUUUCCACUAAUCUCUAGAAAAAUCAAAAUCGAAACAAAGUUCUCUAACCUUUGCGCAAAUUCGGUCGAAAAACCCUCCGGCGACGGCGAACGAAGGAAUGAGAGGAGCUAGCGUGAUCCUACGCCGUUUAGUAGGCCGUCGGGCUCCGUGCCACGCUUCUCGAUCUUCUUCUAUCGGCGACGACCUUAUUGUGUCCUCCGCCGCCGCCGCUGCUGCUUCGUAUUCUACUCUGAUCCUCGCCGAGGAUGCGCGACCACUUUUUGCUACAAUAGCUGCCUCUGCCGCCGUUUCAGCUUUUCACCUCUCUUUCACGAAUCAGUCUCGGAACUUCUCCUCUGUUGGCUCGUCAGAUUCAUCGAAGGUGGUAUCAAUCGAGUCUGAGGAACAGUUUAAUGAUUCAAUUCGCAAAGCUGAAGAGGAAUCUCAGCCUGCAAUAUUCUACUUCACAGCAGCUUGGUGCGGCCCCUGUAGAUUAUUAUCACCCAUGAUCGGACAGCUCACUCAGAAGUACCCACAUGUAACAACCUAUAAAAUAGAUAUUGGCAAGAAAGGGCUAGAAAAUGCGGUGAGCAAGUCAAUUAUUCACUCUGUAGUAACUCUGCCAUCUCUUUUUGGUGAUUGCAUUCAGUUUUGUGAAAUUUGAGUUGUGCAUUUAUCAUAAAUAAGUUAUUGAAAAAGAAUUCUUAUAGUAAUUAUAAAUAAGCCCCAAAAUUCCUUACUGAAAAAAAUGCUCAAAUGACAGAUUCCAACAAGCUAUUCAUGCCCUAAAUAUUGCAGAUUGUAAGCAGUAAAACAACAUACUUAUUCCUACAUAUCUGAUAACUUGUGUUAUUUUGUUGAUUGAGUGUAUUUGGAAUAAUACAAAAAUGGUGCGUGGAUGGGCAUGGAGGAGUUGAUGAUUCAGAAUGUAGGAUAGUUAGUUAUGCAUGAAACACUUUGUGGAUCAGGACACAUGGACACUUUCAUUUCUCUAUCCUUUAUGCUAGAUAGAAAAUUUAAGCCUAACUCAUCUGCACUCCUUCCAAAACAAUUUCUGUUAACUAAAACUGGGAGCAUUUCCGGAUUUCCCCCUGAGUUUUAGGUGCAUGUUGCUGUGUAACUGCAAAUAUUUUCCAGCUCUACUUUGUAAUCUGUCUUUUGUAUAAUUUAGUUUUCUUGCAUGUAAGAGUUAUCCUAUUGCAGCCUACACUGCACUUCUUUCAGAACGGUAAAAAGGCCGGUGAAGUGAAAGCAAUUAUGCUUUUCAUUUGUGCUUGAACUUUCUGCUGGAAGACCUUUGUCCAAAAGAAGUUUGUCCUGUAGACAGCAUUCCCUGCUGUUCUCUCUUCAGAAUCCACUUUCAUUUGUCAUUUCGCAUUUCUAUCUUUACUGUAUGAAGUUGUUCUGUGUUCCUCAAGAUCUAAAUAUUGAUGGUCUGUCUCGGGCUAUAUGAAUUCUUUUCGGUGCCAGAAAAAAUUCCUUUAUUUAUUGUAGAUGAAUUUGUAAAACUUCAAUAUUCUUAGUUUCUUACUACUAUCUGAAAGAUAGAAUAACAUAUUAAUGAACCCAUUCCUAUUGUGGAAUAAAUUUUAGUGGAUUCUCCUUUACAGGAGUAUAUAUUUUUAAAACAAUUCUUGAUGGUUUCAUUUUGUCAAUUAAGGGUGAUGAUUUGAAUUGUUUUUAAAACAAUUCUUGAUAGCAUAUGAUUUUUUAACUUGUGGUCUUGGGAGUUGGAAUGUGAUUCGUGUUAUGAAAAAUAAAUGUGAUAGCCUAGCCAGGCCUUUUAGCCAGUUUCUUCAGUUGUGCUCUUCUUCCUUUGGAUGACUCACAAAAAUACUGGCAUGGUUUCUACAUACUUCUUGAACUUGGAGGCUGCAUUCCAAGACCAAGGUGUGCAGGGAAUUUGGAUUGAGUGGAGUGGCCCAACUGCUAAUUAAACUCCAAAAAAUAUUGAAGCUCAGGGAAGGACGUACUCACUUGCUGUGGAGUUGUUUUCCAAGAAUAUUCUAUUCACUCUACAAUUUGUGGAUAAUUGAUUUAUAGUGGGGAAUGUUUCUAGUUCGACUUGUACAACCGACACUUGUACGUACUUGGUUAGGCUUACAAGGUAAAUUUAUGAUGUUACCCAUUUAAGUGUGAACUUUGAAAACUAUAAUACUCCCUUCUUUCCAACUAAGUUAAGUCGUAGAGGUAUUUUUUCUUAGGAUUUCUCAACUGAUUUGAGUUAUUUUCUUUUUUGAAAAAAAUAAAAUAUUUAAUCACUGUUGCAAGUAAAUUUAUGAUGUUACCCUUUUAAGUGUGAACUUUGAAAACUAUAGUACUCCCUUAAUCCCAACUAAGUUGAAUCGUAGAAGUAUUUUUUCUUGGGAUUUGAUUUCCCAACUAAGUUGAGUUAUUUUUUAAAAAAAAAACAAAACAUCUAAUUACUCUUAUUAUAUUCCAUCACCUACUUUAUUCAUCUCUCAUUUUUCAACACAAUUUCUUAAUCUUCUUGUUUAUAAGUUUUGAUUCAAUUUAAUUGGGACGGAGGGAGUAUGUUAUUUGUCUUGCAAGAAGUAUAUAAUCUUUCUCAAAGUGCUUCAAAAAAAUUCAAAUGAUAUCCAAAAAUUCCAAAAUACUCUGGCCGUCCCACUUUAAGUAGAGCAUCUCUAUUCCGGCACGAGAUUUUAUGUAGUGUUAUUUUGUGAGUUAAGUGGAGAGAAAAUGAAAAAGUAGAGAGAGUUAUGUUUCUAUUUGUAGAAAUGUGUUAUUUAGAGUGGAACAUCCCAAAAAGAAAAAUGGUUCACUUCGAAUGACACGGAGGAUAAUUGGCAAGGAUGGAGUAAUUUUUUGGCUUAGAUGUGAUUGAAACCUAAUUUAAACUAUGUAUGGGUAGAAAAUGAUAAUUUGUGUGGGUUUGUUUCUUCGUAGUUCAUUCUCUUAAAACAAUAAACAUUUAAAAUAAUAUGCAAAUUAAUGCAUAAUUAGUAAAUUAAAAGAGAUGAGAAGGAUAGUUAGGGUAGUGAUUGUGAAUAGUGAGAUUCAUAUUAUUAUUAAUGUUUAAUAAGUUGUAAUGGUGGAUUAUAAAUUAUAGUGAUAUAAGUUGUAAAUAAAUUAAUAUAUUUGUGUAAUGAGUUGUGGAUAAUUUUUUAUAAAUAGACUCAUAUUUUUUAGAAACUA